AUGAUUUCAACAAUUUUAUUUGAUAUUCCUAGCAUUCUCAUUAGUGUAGGAGUAGGAAUAGUCACAUAUUUGGCAUAUUUUUAUUUCAAGUUCUUCACUCGUCCUAACCCGAUUCCUGGUCCAAUUCCACUACCGUUUAUAGGAAAUCUACAUCAAUAUCCUGGAGACAUGUCAGAAUUCUCUGAAACAUGUCAAAAAAAGUAUGGCGAUAUUUGGGAAUUCUAUAUUGGACAUCCUAGCGAUAAAACAAGAGGGAUCGGAUUGGGCAGAGCGGAAUUAUUGGAAAAAGAAAAGAUUAACGUGGAUUCUACCGUGUUAAAGGAGUCUGAAGAAUUUAUUAAAAGAAUUAAUGACUUUAUUACAAGCCUGCAAUAUUUCUUGUUAACACCAAAAUGGCUACGACAUUUCCCUGGCGGAUUUAAAAAGAAAACCAUGCGAUUAUUAAAGGAAAGAGAUAAUAUGAGAAAAGAUUUAUUAAAAUUGGUUACACAACGAAGGGAAGAAAUUAAUAACACUCCUUUGGAUGAGCCAAUUACUCCUGACAUGCUUUCAAUGUUCUUGACGGUUAACACCGAAAGAGAUAUUACUGAGCAAAUUGCCAAUGAAACUAAUACGGAACCGAUGACAGAUGAAGCCAUCGUUGGUAACUUUAUGGAAGCUGUUUCUGGAGAAGAAACUUUAGAUAAAUACAUUAUUCCUGCCGAAACCCAAUUCUUUAUAAACCAAAGGGGUAUAAAUAAGCAUAAAUCUAAUUGGACUAAUCCUGAAAAAUUUGAUCCUGAUCGAUUUAUUAAUGGUCAAGAUAAAAAUUUAGCAUUCCAAUUUGGAGGCGGUGCAAGGAUGUGUCCAGCUACUAGUCGUUUUUCAACGUUUUCAGGUGAAUGA